AUGGGACUGAAAGCAGUGGCGGAGCUAGACUUGAAGAGGAGGAAUAUCACUGCAGAACGUACUAAACACAGCAAUUUUCUGGAAUCUAAGGGAUGCUUUGCCAACACAACAUCCUCCGGCAGAAAGGUCAGCCACUCAUCUUCUGUUGAAACAUGUCUUAGUGUGAGCGAGCCUCCAGGCCUCUGCAAAGUGUCUGCUCACUUAGACCUGGCUGCAGAUUUGGGUCUGAAAUCCUCCUCCUCACAUUCUGAUCACUUCUCUGAAACCUCAUUGCCUGAAGUGCCAAAGGAUAAAUAUCGUGAGGAGUUCAGUCUGCUUAAAUUGCAGACAAAAGAUGGGCAGCGUCCAGAAUGGACAUUUUACCCAAGAUUUAGCAGCAAUAUCCACACCUACCAUGUUGGAAAGCAGUGUUUCUUUAAUGGGCUCUUCCUCGGCAACAGGAGGUCUCUGUCAGAGAGAAUGGUGGACAAGUGCUUUGGGAGGAAGAAAUACGAUAUUGAUUCUAGGAAUGGAAUACCAAAGUUAACUCCAGGAGAUAAUCCAUAUAUGUACCCAGAACAGAGUAAAGACUUCCACAAAGCAGGAUCAACUCUCCCACCAGUGAAUUUCUCCAUAGUGCCUUAUGAAAAGAAAUAUGAUACAUUUAUUCCACUAGAGCCUCUUCCACAAAUUCCUACCUUGCCUUUCUGGGUGAAGGAGAAGGCCAACAGUUUGAAGCACGAGAUAAGGGAGGUGGAGGAGCUUGAUAACUGGCAACCAGCGUCCCCCUUGGUGCACAGUUUAUAUCCUCCUGGUGGGUUAAAGAACCUUCAAAGAACAGUAUAA